UGCAGUGUUGUACACAAGUGUGUUCCACCGUCGUCCGAGUGUGUCGUUUGUCUUCCACUAUUUCUCAGCCCAAGGUGUGUUGUAUGAAAGUGCCCGUUUUCUGCUGAAUGCGGACUUACUCUUUCAAGAAGAGUAGCUGGCUGACGUUGCAAAUCAUGUGAACUUGUUCACGAGCAGAGGAUGAGGAACUGCAGGCAGCGGUAUGGAGUGGCAGCCACAUCUCUUCCAGGACCAUGUUUUUGUGGACUGCGUGAGCUCUGGGCUGCCUCGGGAGCUCGAUGUCCAGCAGCUGCUGCGGGACACUGAGGAGAAGCUGAAACUCAAUGGCUGCUGUAUCGAGCAGCGCCUGAGGGAGCUGCAGGCCAAACUGGGAGACUCCUGCAACGGGGACAGGGCAUCGCCAGGCUCCACUGACAGCCUGCAGUGGUUCAGCUCUCGCAACCUGGGCCUUCUGAAACCCAUCAGCACUGCGCACCAAGACCUGCUGGACUUCCUUCGAGCCCUGCAGCAGUAUUUGCGGACUGGAGAGGAUGGCCGGGAGGACGUGGCUCUCCGGUUGCUCUUGGAUAUCUCGUGUCAGUGUGGCGUGGCCUUCCCCAGCCCCGCGCCUCUGACCUCUCUGCAGCCCGCCCUGCCCAGCUUCCCACUACAUGGCGUGCAUGAAGAGAUGGCGUUGGAUGUCCAGGAGGCCUGGGAGGACGUACGGCUCCUGCUGCGUCGCCACAUACUGGACGGGCUGCAGGGAGUAGCAGGUGGCAGGGGAGACGGUGAGGGCAGGGUGGACGAUGCCCAGACCACCCGACGCAUUCGUGGCCUCCAGCAGCUCCUCUUUCUCUACCCAGAGACAGAGGUCCUGUCACGCUACCAGGGCCUGCGCGCCAAAGCUGUGGAGGACCUCAUCCAAGGCACGCAAGCGCCCAGCUCUGGGGAAACGGGCUUCCAGCGACUGGCCCAUGGUUUCCAGAGCGCAGCCGCCGCACUUCUCGGCAUGCUCAGAGAGGACGUUCUCGCGCUGAGCGCCGUGGUUGACCUCAGCACUGUGGUGGCCUUCGCUAACCAGGCCUACUUAGGGACCAUCUCACAGGAGCUGCUCAGCCUCGUCGAGAAGCUGUGUGAAAACGCCAUGAAGGACAACAGCGCUCACAGCAGCAAGAGCGGGAGGAGCUCUGCCAAGAUCAAGGCAGCAGUUGGUGCCCAGGAUCAGCAAAGGCGGGUCAGGAGCUUCUGCCUGACCUCGCACCAGCUGCACUGCCUCGCACGGCUCACCGUCACCCUCCAGGAACUCGAGGAGCAGGUGGAGGAGCUGCUAACCGUGUUCACCUUCCAUGGGGGCCGCGGCGAGUCCCCCUGCGGUGUGAAAGGGAUCCUGAAAAAGAGCAGGGAGGCUGCAGAAACCACCACAGGGGAGGGGAGCAGAUGCAGUGCAGACCUGUUUCUGCAGCACAUCCCUGAGCAGCCGGUGGUCCUGGAGUUUGACUGGAGGAACGCGCUCAGGGAUUUGGCAUCUCCUAUGGCGCACUGUGUGAAGGUGGUGCUGGAGGACGUGUGCUCUAAGAGUCUGCAGCAGGAGGAGGCCACCCAUGCCACACAUAACGUGCUCCUCGUGGGCGAUGUGCCCCCGAAAGAGGGGACAGCGCCCAGCUGCCAAGAAAACGAGACCCCGAGAAAGAUCACUAAGUUCUGUGAGGUAAUCAUGGGAGAAGUGGACAGGCUGUUCCCCCUGGCGAUGGCGUGCCGAGAAGAUACGCUGCUAGAAGUCAGAUCCAGCUUCGUGGAGGUCUGCAGUCAUGUAACACUGGCACUUCUGCACCGGUUGCAAGAAAGAGCAGGGGAGGUGCCCUCCACUGCCUCGUUGAAGAACCUGCCUGUGCUGCUGGCUACCACUGUGCACCUCCACCAGCGGCUUGGGCAGAUCCGCACCCAUCUACGGAACGGCGGUAGAGUGCCUCUGUCUCUGCUGCCUGUUCAGAAGUGCCAGGAUCUGACGGAGGCGCUCUAUGAUCACUUGGUGGGCUACUCUGUCAACGUGUGUGCCGUCAGCAUUCUUCAGGAUCCGGAGGCACACCACUGGGGCGAUGCUAAGCCUUUUUAUGAGGGAGAGCGAUGUUCCUUCUCCAUCCAGAUGUGGUACUACUUCCUACGUGGCCUGCGCAGCGACCUGUGGUUGGUGUUCCCACCUGUCCUGGCUCAGAAGAUACUGUCCCAAGUGCUGAGCCAAACCCUGGAGAUCCUGGUGCAGAGAUACUCUCACGCCUGCCCCACCUACAGGAGAAGCCAGCAGAUUAGGGUGGACAUAACUUCCAUCCUGCUGUGUGUGGAGCAGAUGAUGUGGAGUCUGUGCGACAGCCCCGAGGCGCUGCUCCAACCCGACUGGACCACCUGCCCUUGGGUUUCCUCCAUCCACAGCCUGUGCAACCAGCUGUUGGGAGUGUUAGUCAUCACCAUGGCGCCCCUGCCACUGCUCUGCAGUGUUUUUCAGGGAAAUGCUGGUGAUGGUUCCUCCUCUGAGGAGCAGAGUGCCAAGUGGCUGACUGUCAUCAACCCAACUCUGUUUCCCCAGCAGUCCCUGCAAUUGUUGACAGCAGAUGAAUCGACCGCCCACCGUCUGCUGAAGCUGACGACCUCUCAGCCCAGCUGUAAUCACAAGUUAGUGCUGCUAACCAUCAUGCACGACGACUGCGCUCUGCUCAGGCUCCUGCUCAGCAACUCGUAUUUCUGCGUUGAUGUGGACAGUGACGGCUCAGGGAGACAUACGGAUGGCGAUGCCUUCAUGGAGGCUGUCUUUUCUGUGCUGACCACCCUGAACAACAUCCCUCGAGCUCUGGCUCUUGUUCUUGAAACCUACUUUGACAAGAGGCACCUGUGGGACCAUUUAUACUCCAUGACAGACGUGGGCCAGACAGAGCCAGCAGUGCUGAAGUGCUUGAGAGCUGUGGUGGCCAAACCGAUUGCACGCAUGCUGAACCAUAUCAUAGACAUGGUGCAGGCCCAUGCGCCACAGGAUGAGCCAGGCUCCUUACCACCGAGGCAGGACCCCCCAGACAGCGUUCUGUUCAAAGUGCCGAAGGAGUGGAACUACACGCCCUGUGACACCAAGGCAGCAGAGAGCAGGAAUCAAGUAAAGCUUGUCAUGCAGGCGAUGUCCUUCCUCUUCGCCAACCUGCCGUCUGCGGUGGCCUCGCUUCCGCUGCCCGUGCGCUUUCUGUUCCAUGUGGGUGAGAAGCGCCUGUCCCAGCAUGCCCGGCAGCUGAAGCCCACAGGCCUGCUCCAGUGGGCCCUGCUUAGCUGGCUAUGCCAGAGCCUGGAGGAGAAGCACAGGGGCAGUGAGACGCUGGUGCUGCUCAGUGAGUGCCUGCAGGCCUCCAUGGGCCAGCAGAGGGGCGUCCCAAAGCCGGCCGUGCACAAGGUGCUGCAGGGCCUGGAGGAAAGCCGGCCCAAGUGGACCGCCACGCAGCUGCAGAAGGGCCGCAAGCUAUGCGCUGAGGGCGCGUUCAAACCGGCGGAGGGCGGCGUGGCUCCGGAGAGAGGCAGCGCGCCUGAACUGACUGAGCAGAAAAUAAGGCUGAUGCUCCUGGAGGUCUGCCACAAGCCAGGUGGCGCCGAGUACCUGCGGCAAAUUUAUCACAUCAUCCAACUCAAUGAGGACUUGCUCAGUUUGUGGCUAUCCACCCCAAGCGAUGCCCAGGCAGAUUUACCACAGAGAACGGUCAACUUGAACCUGGAGGAAAGUGAAUGUCGCAGACAACAAACCACCUUUAACCCCCUGACUCAGUUUAACCACGUUGGAGACAGAACGUUCUCCCAGUCAGCCAUAAGUGAGUGGAACUGGGACUGGGCCAGACUGCUGCCAAGUUAUCUAGGAAUGAGUCAGGUGACCUUCAGAGCGCUCCUGGCAAACAGGUGGGAAAUGCAGGAUGCUGCUCCACUUGAAGAUGAAGAGAAAACUCUGGUGGAUCACUUACACAAGGCCUAUUUCAACACGAGCUCAGGAUCAUAGGGCUGGAACCUGGAAGCUGCUCCGCCAGACGGCAGCAAACAUAUGAAAUUAAAAAUGUAUUUCACAUAAAUUUCUUACUUGUGACAUAGCUUUUUUUGUAAAACUGGUAUUUUCAGUGGAGGUGAAGGCAGUACAAUGAGAAAUAACAAAUAUCUAGUCCUGUACACGAAACGAUUCUUCGGUUAUUCGUCUGUCGAGUAAAGGCUACGCUGCUUCCAUUAUCUUUUGUGUGUGUUUUUAAAUUUUUGUUUCACAGUCUUGCAUUUUUGUUGUGUUUUCUUUGUCUGAAUAAAUUACAAUCGUAAUAGCAUGUUUAGUUUCAAACGUGUUUGUGACAGUCCCCCCCAUCAGUCUCUGAGUGUCAUUGUUUAAGGCUUUCAUUUCUCCUCGUGUCUAUUCAAAGCAAACAAUGCUGAACCAACAUGCUCCAAGAUCUGUUUUAAAAGUACAGUUUUUCCUGUAAGAAAUGUUUUGUACGGCAAUUUUUUAAAUUAAGUAUUCUCAAUAUAAAAAUAUAACUUUAUGAUUAUCUAUCACUGUUUGAAGAAGGGACAAAAACAUGAAUUGGAAUGAAAAUUCUCUCAACAUUUUGUCUUAUAUUGCUGACUGCUAAGUCUGUGUCCAGCCAUAAAAUAUACACUCCGCUUGUAUUUCACCUUUUUGGCUUUAUUGAUUGGUUGUCUAGCUUGCAGCACUGCACUAUAAUGUAUUAUACAUUCAUUUGUUGUUAUAAUUUAUUAUUACUUUUAUUACUGGACCUGAAAACUAGAGAUUUUAAGAACCAUUAUUUGGAUUUUCAUCUGAUCCCAUUUUGUUGUUUCUAUUC